CCCAAUACUUCACACGACUCUUAGACAUCCGGAUGGCCUCGCAUCACCGAUCAAAGACGGCACAGCUGCAUCUCCUUUCCGCAGAGUCACAUUGCUCAUCGUGAGCUCCAGGGCUAUUUAUUCAGCAUGUCCCCCAUCCGAAGACGAGGCGAAUUCGGGGAAGCAGAGCCAAGCAGUGGAGUUCCGUCUAUCAACUCAAAUUCUCGCCAUCAACUAGGACUAUGGACUCUAAAACAGCCCACGAGUGCAUCAACAAGCUCGAGAAACUUCAGAAGGAACAGAUUGGGGUACGCUGAGAGCGCCAACAUCCCAAUCCCACCAGAAUUGGAUGUGGCCUGGCACAACGACCAUCUAGAAGCUCGCGUCAACGAGGCCAUCACUCGAUUGCGGAAGACCGGGGCCGAAGGGAGAAAUACCGUUUCAGACACAGCCAUUACAUUCAUAGUGGAAAACACUCUAAAGGAUCUUGAUCAAUUCAGCUUCGGCCGCACUGGCUACAUUCCCAACCCAGACACCUCCGAGAUUACCCGUAGUAACAGGGGUUUCAAUCGUUUGGAAUGGAGCGACGAGGAAGCAUUUCAUGUACGCGAUUUCCGUCGUGUGGCGCCAGGGACACUCACAGGCAUGAUUGCUGUUUCUCGAAGACGGGAUAGUCUUGAGCGGACAUGCCAGGUGAUAGGCGUGGGACAUCUAAUACCACCUAGGUCCCAGACUGGUGCCUACGGGAGGGAGAUGGAUAUCCGGGUCAUCACCCCCAGCGCUCUAGCCAUGGUUUUCAUGAGUGAAGGAUUUAGUCAUGAAGACGGUAACCGUCGCCUGUUCGAUUCAUCGGCGAUAGCACGCCACUUGAGUAACGAUACUCGAGAUCGGUUUUAUCAGCACAGUUCCACUUUGCCUGGCAUGUCGAGUAUCGGCGACAACCGUAUAACUGCAACGCUUCUUCGUUGUCUACGACCGCAAACCAAGUGAUGACACGGCGCCGAUGGUCAGUAGCGGCCUCUUCAACAGUACAUUCCCGAAGUCCUCUCCAAGUGAUCGAUAAAUUAGAGGGGAGAAAUUUACUGUUAAUUUCUGCUCCUAUCG